AUGGGCUCUCAAACCCAAAGCAUUGCCCAUCAAGGCCUAAUCUUAUUCACCUAUGGACUACAACCGUUGCCCCACUUGAUUACCAAACGGAACCGGUCUAUCGCCCACCACCGGUCUCCUCCACCCUCCACUGGCUCGCCGCUAGUAGCUUUGGCGCCGGCGAGACAUCAGAAGAUCAAGCUUCUCGCAGUGCCGACCUCUCAAAGAGUCACCGUACGUGAGACGGAUCAAAGCUCAGAGACCGUUGUGGCUCCUCCUAGGAAUUUUUUCGAUGAUGUUCUUAGAAGCAAUACAGCUGUUCUUCUCACUUCGGGACGAUAUUGUCUUUAA